AUGUAUGCAUUCACGCAUGAUGAAAUAUAUUCCACGUUUGCACCUGAGGUAUAUUGUUCGGAGCUUGUUCGAAUUGGUAAUGUUGCCGAUGGUGGUAAAUGGGUUUGCAAUCCAUUCAACAUUCCUCAAGAGAACUGCUUUAUUCUUUCUUUGGGUAUCAACAAUGAAAUUAGUUUUGAAGAAGAGAUACAAGAAAUCAGUGGAAAGCGAUGUAGUUUAUACGCUUUUGAUAUGAAUGAUCAAGAUGAAGAUAUUCGUGAACGACUUAAAAAAGCGAAUGCAAUUUUUCAAAUCGCCAAAAUCAGUAAUUUUACGAAUGAAAAUUUUCGUACUUACACAGUUCAUCAUCUUUUAAAGUUGUAUAACUUAUCGGCAUUGGAAAUUUUAAAGAUAGAUAUUGAAGGUUAUGAAUUUCAAGUAAUUCCUUCACUCAUACUUAAUGGUAAUAUUUGCCAAAUUCUUAUCGAAAUACAUGGUACUACUUCAAUGGGCAUUGAACUACUAGGCUUGUUCUCAAGAAAUGGCUACAAUUUAUUUUCAUACGAAGUUAAUCCAGGUUUUUACUUACUGGCUGAAUUCAGUCUCAUACAUGAUUCAUGUUUAGAGAAAUAUGAUGUUAAGCCACUUGCGAAAUAUCUUUCGAUAUUACAUUAA